AUGUCAGGACUACCAAACCAUGCAUUGAAACUCAAAGUUGGUGUACCAGUAAUACUCAUAUGGAACAUUGACAAAUCCAAUGGACUUUGCAAUGGCACUAGACUGAUUGUCAUUAGAUUGGAAAAAUAUGUCAUUAUUUUCCAAAUGCUAUCUGAUACUGUCACCAUCCAAACUGUUAUGAUACCUAGGAUGACUAUUACACCUUCUGACUUUGGGUAUCCCUUCACACUGUACCGUCACCAAUUCCCUCUCACACUAUCAUUUACAAUGAUGAUUAAUAAGAGCCAGGGUCAAAGUUUGCACAACAUUGGCUUGUUCCUUUCUUGUCCAGUUUUCACCAUGGGUAGCUCUAUAUGGCAGUCUCUCGUGUGUGCAGAAAGAGUAGGCUUAAAAUUUUAA